GGGUGAAAGGAGGACAUGAAGUUAGAGAAGCAGAGAGAAGUGUGGUCAGAGGGAGGAAGAAGAGAAGAGGCGCAGGACAGAGAAGAGCAGAAAAAAGACAAAGCUCGGUGUCCUCGCUGUCCUCUGCUGGUAAAAGGCCUGCAGCUGUCUGUGUGUCGAAAACAGCUCUCUUCACCAAUGAGCAGUCAGACCAAAGCCGGGGAGGCGGGCUCUUCAGCUCGGAACAGCCAGAGGACGUUUUUGGAUGAUGUCGUUUUAACCUUUAGCUCACCGAUGGCCUGGCUACUGGUUGUGGCGCUGAUCAUCACGUGGUCAGCGGUGGCCAUUGUUCUGUUUGAUCUACUUGAUUACAAGACUCUAGCAGAGUACACAUCAUACUGUGACGACCCCGUGUGUUUAUCUCCUGGUCUCCCUCCUCCUGCUGCCAUCGCUAAGAGAGGUUUGAAAGCAAGAGGUGGUGUUCGUCCAAUUAAAUCACGCCCUGCUGGAGUCCCUGCUGAUGUCACUGCUCAGGAGAGCACUGAUUGGUUGGAGAUGAUAUGGACCUUUGCUGCCAGUUUGGUGGCUCCUGAUGAGGAGGAGGAAGGUAUUCACCAGCUAACUGAAACCCUCACAUCUUUCCACUCUGAGGAGCUCUGAAAGAGAAAGGACUGAAACAGACAAGUAUGAAGAGCUGGAGAGAGGGCGAGAAGGCAAAAAGAGAGGAGUGUGUCUGACUAAAGUGGGAGAGAGAGUACAGUAUAGAGAGAUGGAAAGAGGAAGAGAAUGUACAGUAUAUCACAGCAAUAUUUCUUUCUGUCUGUCUGUUGUUAACUGGAACUUGAUGAAUAAAAACAGCCAAUUUAAA